AAAUAAUAGGCCAGAACCUACGUUUUCUUCAUCCCAAAAAAAAAAAACUACGAAAUAUACAUACACAUAUACGUAUAUAUAUAUAAAAAUUGCGACCCAGCGUUUUAGCCAGAACCAAGCCUUGAAAAUACUUCUCAAACCUUCCCCUUCGUGAUACGAAUCCAACGGAAAAAGAAUCGUCGAAAACGGUCGUGAAACGAGGGAGAAAAGCCUCGCCGGAGAUUCGCCGGAGAAAAACUUUUCGACGGAAAACGGAGAAGAGGGAGGAGCUGCCGCUGCCGCCAACCCACCAACGUCAAUCGCCGUCCCAAACGGAGCCAAUAGCCGGCCGUUUCGCUCGUCCGACGAGGUGCCUUAAGAAAAUGAGGAGAACCCGUGGUCGUCCAGUUGGUAGCAACAAUGAGCAAGGAAACAAUCACGAGCAGGAUUUGGCAGGACUAGUAGCGCAACUUCAGAGGCAGUUGCAGGAGCAGCAACAAACCAUCGACCGUUUGACCGCGAACAAUCAAAGGGGCGGUGGUGAAGGGAGAAAUGCUGGAAAUAAUCAUGCUAGGGGGCAUGGAGCACCGAGACAAGAACCGUUGAUGAUCACAUGGAGGAAGAUCAAGCCCACAGAUUUCGAGGGGGGUCCAGACCCUCUAGCUGCUCAGGGAUGGCUGAAGACCGUGGAAGGCAUUGCUAAUGGGUUGGAACUAGCAGAUAAUGACAAGGUUCGAUGUGCAUCCUACAGCCUCACCAUGGAUGCUCGAAUAUGGUGGGAGACUGUGGAAACAAGGUACAACAUCACACAGAUGACAUGGGAGCAGUUCAAAGAGGAGUUCACCAACCAGUAUUUCAACGCUAGUGUCACACGUAGGUACCGGGAUGAGCUUCAGAGUCUACGCCAGGGAACCAUGGAUGUUACAACCUUGGCGGCAAAAUUUCAGAGGCUGCUACGUAUUUGUCCUACAGCUGCCCCGACGGAAAGAGAUAAGGUGAGGAUGUUCCUGGCAGCUCUUAGGAAGGAUAUAGCAGUUCACUUGGAGAAUGGCAAUCAGAAUCCAGCUACACUAGCUGACUGUGUUUUUAUAGCAACUCAAAAGGAGUACUACAUCUCUAGCGGUCCAGUACCCGCUCAGCCGCAGCCUGUGCCUUCACAGUCACAGAAUCAGUCACAACGACACAUGAACAAUUCGAAGAGUAACAAGAAGAGAAACUUCACGGGCAAUGAUGGAAAAAGAGAUGGUCACCAUCAGGGACACCAAAAUAAACAGAUGAAAUUCCCACAGUGUGCAAAUUGUGGCCGUAAUCAUCCAGGCCAAUGCAGAUUGGGUUCUAGAGCUUGUUACACUUGCGGCCUUGAGGGCCAUAUGUCGAGAGAUUGUCCAAGAAAGAAUCAGCAAAACUACCAGAUCACUCACAUGCCAAGAAAUCCAACACCUUCAGCGGCUGUCCAUAAUAUGCAGGCUUAUCUAGAAGGACCAUCCAUCCAGCAAGGGCGUCUUGAGGCACCACCAGAGGCUCCGGUUGCUAGAGUGUUCACAAUCUCGAAAGAGGAGGCAUCGAUAAAUCCCGGUGUUGUCACAGAUACUAAGAAUAAGGCCAAGGCCUAGGAAGAUGAUGAGGGAGUGGAACGCGUGCCAAGAUGAGUUAACGGGAACGACCUUGGCGGCUUCUAGCUAGUUAUUUUUUUUUUAGUAUUUCAGAUGUUAUUUUAAAGUGAUUAUUAUUACUCUAUUUUAUUUGAGGAUUUGAAGUUUUAGUAAAUUCCUGGAUCUAGGUGGUUAUCACAUUUACUGGUGAUAACUAAAUUUUUUUUUGAGUUUUUAUUUGGAGUUAUAUUUUAGUUAUAUUUGAGUUUUUAUCAGGGUUAUUUCUUAAACAAACGGCAAUUAUAUUGCAGUUUUUUUUAAAGUAGUAAGUUUAUGUAACGUUUCCUUUAACCCUGAGAGGGGCGUUACAGCGUCAUUUUUAUAUGAUAUUAUAUAAAAAUCUAUUUUUAUUCAAACCUGAUUAUUUUACGGGGUUGGGUAGUACUUACUUAGCUCUAAAGCUAAUUUUUGUUAUUUUUCUUGUCUCUCUCUUCUCCCUUAAAUUUUAUCAGGUGAUGAGUUGGAUACCUAUGUGGAUUGACGGAUUGCUCGAGCUUGAGUGCGAAUUAGAAGAUGCCUUAGUUAAAUCUAGUCAUAAAACAAACAUUUACUUAUUAUUACAUUAGUUUUUAUUGUUUUACUUUGAAUUGCCUGUGCAUUCGGUUAAGAGAUGACCGAAUGUGGCGGUAACACUCAUUUCCCUUUCAGACUUCCGCUGUAUUUCUUCAACUCUUUGAUGAAUGAAUAAAGUAUUUCUUUUAAAUA